AGACAGGGGAAGCUGAGAGGCCCCAGUGCAGGAAAGACUGUUAGGCUCCAGAUGUUUGGCAGCUGCAGACAGAGGAAGAGCCUGAGAGGGAGGAGGAGAGUGAGAUUUGCUGGGGUGCAGGAGGCACGCAACGCAACAGGACGGGAGCUCCCGGAGGCCCUGGUGUUACAGCAUGCCUCUUCCACCACCCCCUUCCUCACCGCCACCCCCUUGCCCUGCAUCUCGAGAGUCUCUCAGCCUGAACAAGGCCUUUCUGCGAAGUCUCUUGGGAGGGCUGCGCAUUGCACAGCUGCUGUCGGGUGCUGUCUGCUGGGUGACUAUAGCGGCACACAAGUACGAAGGGGCCACCUAUUUUGCUGUCUUUGCAGCUGUCCUCGUGUGGCUGCUUACCUUGAUUCUCUUCGGCCUCAGCGUGUUGGGCCGCUGGGCUCUGGUGCCUGUGUUGGGGACUCGAUGGCUCCUGACAAACAUCGUGCACGACCUGCUGUUUGGGAUGGUUUUCUUUGCUGCCGCUGCAGGCAUUAUGGGCCACAAAGCACAGAGGGUCAGCUACUGCAACUUGCGAGGCUACAGCCAGCCCUGCAGUUAUAGUGCCUACUUGACUGCUGCCAUCUUUGCAGGCAUUUCUGCUUUCUUAUACCUGCUGUCAGGACUCUACUGCUUGGUACGGCGUUCUUCAGGACACCACAACAUCAUGUGAGAGAUGCCAGAAGAUACGUGGAGAUUGAUGGACAGAUUUUUCAUCAACCAGACAGACAAGACUCACCUGCAUUGUUCCCACAGACUGCUCCUUGCUCCAGACUCAUUGUUGCAUUCCAAAUGGAAUAACAAAACAUCCCCUUCUCCUCUGACUGAUGGAUGCUUUUGCCUGUGGACAAUUCUACCCCAUCAUCAAUACCUGAAUACCUCUCGUCAUGACCCAGAAGCUCGAAAUGGUAUAUCCUUAAGAUGAAAGUGGGGUGGGGUGUGUGAGAUAAUGGGCUUUCCUAUCUCUCUUCCUCCUUCACUUCACAAGUGGGUUUUUUUGCAUGUCUGGGAUGUCUGGUCUGGCCUCUGAUUCCCGUAUUUGUGAUUGCUACAGGAAGCCCACAGUAAUUCAUUCUUAUUUAUAGUCUCCACCAAAGCAGAUUUAACAUAGUUUCUUCACAAUCAUUGCUUGUUUAUUUUUAUGCCCUAUGCACAGGUUCUUAUCCUCUUGCACCGAGUUGUUGUGUGACUUCGAAUAGCCACCCUUUGAAUAUGCACCAUUGGCUUUAUUAAUAAUAGUAACCUGUUUCAGGAGUGGUAAGCAAUUGUUCAAAGUCUAUCGGUUUCUAGAGGCCAGUAACAUUCUGUCCUUAAUAUUUAUAAAUGAAGGCUUUCUAUUGUAAUUUUUUAAAAAAAUUGUAUAUGACCCUGAUAUGGACUUUAUAGCAUUUGCAUAGCCUAGUUGUAUUAACCAGUUAUUCAUUUAUAAAUAUAGAGUUCAUAUUAGCAAGGAAGUUCUACCCCCUAUUUGGAAGACCUGACUUUUCAACCCACAUGUGAGGCAUGGAAUGUGCAUGUUAAAAUAAAAGGGAGAUGCACUUUGCCCAGGUUCAGAGGUUGUCUUUCUUUUUAAAAUACUAUUCAGUAUAUCCUAGGCCUAGCACAAAAAAUGGGUUCCUGAGCUGAGUUCCCUAGCUUUUUCUAGGGUUAACCAUAAGGGUUAGCUCAAAGGAGGACUUCAGCUAUCUUUGAUUAAAAAAAUGUUGCUCUUUUUAUUCCCUGUAUUAAUGAAUGGAUUGCUUUCAUGAAGAUAAGUUGUCGUCGUUUAUAAGCGCAAACUCACCCCUUAAGUUGAUUUGUCACAGAUCGCAGGAAAUACAGUACUGCAAACCUCUGCAAGUCUUGUGGUCAGACAAAGAAAAAAGAGCAGGAGCCCAUCCUAGAAAUGGAAAGGAAGUACUGAUCAUCAGCUAUGGCCAUUAUUGAACUCAGGAUGGAUCACAUGUGAGGAUCCCUCCUGGUUGUCCCAUUAUAAGCCUGAAACCCAAUUUAGCGAUUUGAUUAAUUUUAGAAAACAGUCAAUUUAAGACCAAGGAUCUCAGAUUUCAUGCUUUCUGAGGCCCCUAAUCUCUAAAGAACUCUUAAACAUAGCCAUGUUCACAGUAAAUAAGACAUUUUGCUACAUUCUAGACUCCAGAUUGUGGUCAGCACUUUUUAUGGCAUGACCAUGUACCUUCUUGUUUCCAUUAUAGCCUAGAGAUGCAUGCAUAGCUUAUUUUUGUAUAAAAAUAAAUCCUCAUCUGGAUGGGAGAACGCAUGGAGUUAUAGAGCAGAAUGGAAAGACAUUCUCUAGGAAAAAUGUACAAGCAGUUGCAAUGUGAACACUAGAAGAAAUGUAAGUACUCCAAACACUGGACAUUGGGCUCAGAAUUGGGGCAGAAGACAGCUCCUUCCCACAGCACCAAUGAAAACAAAGUUACACUGUAUGAAAGGCUUCUGUCAUGGUCAUAAUACAGAGAUUAUGUAUUGAUUAUGUAUCAUGUAUUGAUAAUCCAGCCUUAGAGAGGCUGAUGCCUCAGUGCUUAGCAGCCAGAGCUAUCUCCAGGGCCACUCCAACAUGUUUUGUUGUCUGAGAUAAAGAAUAGCGGGCACUCCAUUCUAUUUAGAAAAUCAAGUGAAUCCUGCUUCAGUCUUGGUGAGGGAACAGUAUCUUCUACUACACCUGAGACAAACAGGUUAACAUCAUGGGUCCAAGAUAGACCAGAAUCUAGUUUGAAUGCAAUGCAACAUCACUGCUUAGAGCUGCCAUAUCCAAAGUCAGAAUAGCAACAAUGAUGUCUGGCAGAAGAGGAGCAAGGAGAAGGGUAGCCUAGCCUUGGGCAUUUGGAGGAAUGAUGGGGAAACUGCUGCUCUGCUCUCCAGCAUCUAUGCCUGAAGCAGCUAUUUCACUCUGUCGGAUGGAAUGGCCAGCCCUUAAUGUGACUGCACCACCAUGUCAUGUGACAGGAUCUGACCAUUCAAAUCUUGGAUCCAGGGACAACAUGCAGAACCAGUCCCUUCCACAAAAACUGAAGGCUCCCUCAUACAAAUGGAGGGCAAUGCAUAUGAUUUUACUGUGGCCUGCUCCUGAGAGGAAAAGUGCCUCUGAAACAUGGACGUGCCUUGGAAAAAAGACCCUUCCUUUCCAAACUUCUAUAGUUUGUUCAAUCAUGCCAAUCUCUCUGAGCAACUAAGAAAAGAUUGCCCUUGGCAAGAACGCUACAGCUGAUGUUCUUUCUGAACCAGUAGUUUUCAAAAGAUUCAGAGGACUCAUCUUGUUGGAGUCUUCCUCCUCCAUCAGCAAACAAUGCUCUUCCAGCAAUGCUACAUGCGAAGCGUACAUCACCUGCCUUUCUGCUUAGGACACUGUGCCUUAGAGUGAGCUACAGGAGUUUUUGAAAGACAUGCCAUCAGCUUCUGGACAUUCCAAACUUUCCUCCUUUUAUUCUAAAAUCAAUUAAGACAUUGCUCCAAUAUGUUUUUAUCUUUCUUACUGUACUCUGCUAUGAGGAUCUGAGCACCCCUUGUGUGUGGCAUACAGGAGUUCUUCUGUGCCAGAAGUAUCUCUUUGUUUUCCUGGAUUAGCCAGAGUAGAUGCCUUGGCCAGGACAUGUGGCUGCUGAAAAGAUUGUGCCUAGGAAGAGGCCCUGACACCACGUCAGUCCUGAGAUUUCCCUGCUUGGAGUCCUGCACCUCAGACAUGCUGAAUCUCAGAAGCCACUUGACACCAUCCUGAAGGUUCCCAGUCCACCAGCUGAAAGAAGCUUCUGAGAAGGGAGGGCUAUGCUGUCAUCCACCAAAGCCCCAUCUUUUUGUUUAGACAAAGGGAGGUGGCAAUGGGUUCCGGAUGUUGCAGAUUCUCUUCUAGCUACAGUUGGUACACUUUGUGUUUGAAGUCAUGGGUACAGCAAUGUAGACUAGAUUUAGAUCAGUGACAUCCACUCAGUUUUGGGUACUUCUUGCCACUAUAUACUAUAUUCUACUCCUGUAAAUAAAUGGGACUGUGUUCAUGGGAUAAAUUUCAGUGAGCAUGUGAUUCCGAAAAUGGAUCUUCAAAUGUUACUGGAUAUCAAACCCCAGCCAGCUUGGUAAGGGAUCCUGGGAAACAUAAUCCAACAACAUUUGGGGUCCAUAGUUUCUAAACCAUGACACCAAGCUAUACGUUGCAGAUUUGAAUAUUUAAACAUUUCUAGGCAUUGAUUUUCUUAGUUCCCCAUUUUGAUCCUCAUCUUCAUGCCAUGGAAUGUCAGCUGGCUAUGGCUCUGUCCCAUUCCCAAAGGUUGCCUUCUGGACCCCCUUCCCACAUUUUGUAACUCAUUUGCAUUGCAAUAAAUGUAUGUGUGGAGCAUAGAA